UUUUCUUAUGACGUUGUCACGUUAAACUAUCGUCCGUAAACCGACUUUACAGACAAACAAUUUCUUUUUUAUUGAAGUGUGAUGUUUCACGUCUAAGGGCACCUGGUGGUCACGCCCUUAAUUUUUUCAUUACAAAAAAAAACUGGAGAGUGGCUGUGUCAUGGACACGGCCGUGUGUUGUACGUGAAUACGUGUGCGUAACAGCCAACCUCUCGACCAGAUGCUGCUUGCGGUGCUGGUACUGGCUGCGGUCGCAGUGGUCUGCUGGGGACUGCUGCAGCUACUGCUGCCCUACAACUUCCUGCCGCGCAGGAACCGACAGCUGCUGGCGAAGAUACCCGGCCCCAGGAACGUGCCCUACUUGGGCAACAUCCUCAUGUUCAUGGGCCCUCAUGAAGAAAUCUUGCCAAAGAUCCAGCGCAUGUUCCGGGAGUACGGGCCUAUCUUCAAAAUCACUGCUCUGGGACUGGAAGAUGUCUUCGUGUCGUCUGUGGACGAUGUUGAAGUUCUGCUCAGCACGACCCAGCAUAUUGAAAAAGGGCCGGACUACUUGCUCCUACAGCCGUGGCUGGGCACGGGUCUACUCACCAGCUCAGGCGGCAAGUGGCACGCCCACCGCAAGAUGCUGACGCCGGCCUUCCACUUCAGGAUCCUGGAGGAGUUCGUGCCGGUGUUCAGCAGGAACGCGGACAUCCUGGUGGGGCAGCUGGAGCGCCUCGCCGGCGACCAGCACGUGGACAUCACCCGGCCCGUCAGCCGCUGCGCGCUGGACAUCAUCUGCGGUGAGGCGCGGGCGGGGCCCUGCUCCUCAUCGCACACGCGAGGGGGGAGUGCGAAGCCAAACUGUAGCCGACUCGCCGAGCCGUAUUUGAAAACACCCGCAUUCAUCCGUACGAAAACAUCGAAGACCGCCAUGGGGACCUCCGUGGACGCGCAGAGGGGCGGAGGCAAGGAGUACGUGAGGGCAGUCCACAGGAUGAGCAGGCUGUUCCAGCAUCGCCAGAUCUCGCCGUGGCUCUGGCGGCCGACGGUGUUCGACCUCAGUCCGUCCGGCCGCGAGCAGAAGAAGGUGUUGGCAACCCUGCACGGCUUCACGGACAAGGUGAUUAAAGAAAGGAGAGCUGAGUACCGUCAGAACAAGAUGAAUAACGUUGCUGCAUCAAGGAAAAGGCUGACCUUCUUGGACCUGCUGAUAAGGGUGUCCGAGGAGGAGCAGGAAGGCGUACUGACGGACGAAGACAUCCGGGAAGAAGUCAACACUUUUAUGUUCGAGGGCCACGACACCACCUCGGCAGCCAUCUCCUGGGCGCUCUUCCUGUUGGGCUCUCACCAGGACGUGCAGGACAAAGUGGUGGAGGAACUGAGGGGCAUCUUCGGCAACUCGAGCCGCUCACCCGACUUCCAGGAUCUGCAGGGCAUGCACUACCUGGAGCAGGUGAUCAAGGAGUCACUGCGACUGUACCCCAGCGUGCCAGGCUUCUCUCGCACCAUCGAGUCCGACUUCAGUGUCCGAGGAUACACCAUUCCCUCCGGCACAGGGGUCACUGUGCUGCCGUACGUGAUCCACCGAGACCCUGCCAUCUACCCUGAUCCGGAGCGCUUCGACCCCGAGCGCUUCACUGCGGAGAACUGCCGCAACAGACACCCGUUUGCCUACCUGCCCUUCAGCGCCGGCCCCAGGAACUGCAUUGGCAAGAAAUUUGCAUUGCUGGAGGAGAAAGCCGUACUGUCAUCAAUACUGCGAAAUUUCAAGGUCACAUCGCUGGACAAGAGAGAAGAAGUCUCUUUACUGGUAGAACUUAUCUUGAGGCCGAAAAAUGGACUGAAAAUCAAACUGACUCCAAGAAUUUAGUUGGGUGGGCAAAUGAUGCUGUUUGCUUUCAUUGUCCUAGUUUAGAAUAAUAUAACAUGUUCGAAGUGAGUAUGCAGUCAUGUCAAAAUCUAAAAUGAUUUUGUCACUCUGCGUUCUUUCUAGUUAUCACAGCGAUGAAAACCUGCGUUCACGCAACACAGGAAUCUUCCACCAGCAGUCAAACAAUCAUCAAUUCUGGAAACUUUGACGGCAUUUAUUUACAAAUAAUUUAUAAGAUGAGACUUGCGUGAGGAUUUUCUGUACAAUAGAAUUUUUAUGUUGUUUUCUUGUGAGAAAGAUGUUUAUGACACCAAUAAACAUACUAUUAUUUGAAAUAAAUAAAUGUAAAUAUCCA